AUGCUGGAGACACGCAAGCGUGACUGUCGAGGCGUUCGCCCUCACGCGACCCCAUCGAUUGACUGGGAGUCACGUUUGUCUAGCAAGUGUAGCCUCAAGCUGUCUGUUCAAUCGCGAAAGUCAACCCUGCGGCCGUCCGCAUUUAACCUUGAUGAAUUUGUGGAGGCCCUAGCCACCAGUAAGGACAGAGGUGUGAAGAAUGUGAAUCUGAAGGAGCAGGACAUGAUCACCCUCUGCCAGAUGACCAAGCAUGUGGUGAUGAGUCAGUCAGUCUUGCUGGAAUUGGAGGGCCCGCUGAAGGUGUGUGGUGACACUCACGGUCAAUUUCGUGAUGUUCUUCGUCUCUUUGAUUUGUGCGGCAAACCGGAUACUACAAACUUCCUUUUUCUUGGAGACUAUGUGGAUCGAGGCAAGCAGAGUUUGGAGGUAAUUUGUCUCCUCUUUGGCUACAAGGUGAAAUAUCCUACCACAUUCUUUCUUUUGCGAGGUAAUCACGAGUGCCAGGCGAUUACUCGCAUCUACGGAUUCUUUGAUGAAUGCAAACGGCGAUUCAAUGUGAAAUUGUGGAGGCACUUCCUGGACGUGUUCAACUGUCUUCCAGUGGCUGCUGUGAUUGAGAAUCAGAUCUUCUGUUGUCAUGGUGGUAUUUCACCAGAGUUCCUUAAACCUGAGUAUACAAAUUUGGAGGAUCUCAAACAGCGAAUCCGAGCUAUUCCACGGCCUACAGAUGUACCCGAAGAGGGCGUUGUUUGCGAUCUUUUAUGGGCAGAUCCACUAAAUCCUGACAUGUUGGAUCCAGAUGCUGAUGAACUACCGCCGAUAUUCACGGAAACAGGAUUCGGACCGAAUGAACGCGGAGUCUCGUAUGUCUUCAGUCCCGAUGUGGUAGAUCGGUUUUUAAGUAGAUUCGGAUUAGAUUUGAUGGUUAGAGCACAUCAAGUGGUGGAGGAUGGUUAUGAAUUCUUCGCCAACCGAUCGUUUGUAACUAUCUUCUCGGCGCCAAAUUACUGUGGUGAAUUUGACAAUGCAGGUGGCAUCUUUUGCCUCAGCCGAAAUGUCACCGUUAAACCGAACUCAAAUGAAGAGGAGAUUGACUUAGAGGGCAGCUUCCAGAUCCUAUAUCCGGAGAAACGGAAAUCCUCCUCCACUGUUCGACGGAGCAGCGUUGCUAAGAAGUACGUGCCUCCUCCUUUUGCCUUCCCUGGGAUCGCCUCACCCCGCAUAAGUUUUGAGUAA